UACAUACACACAAACACACACACACACUGUCUCUGUGUCUCUGUCUCACACGUUCAUAGAGCUACACUAAACGGGAACAUUCCACACUGAGGACACUCUACUGUCCGACACGAUGAAGAUAGAGACGAUGAUGUAAUGUUACACCGCGCGCGCAGCUCCGGAUAUGUGAGAAACACACACACACACACUCAGUCCUGUGUGUGAGUGUGUGUGACCCUCUGUCACCCUCUGGGACCCUGUCAUUAACACUGAGACUACACAGGGGACAUGGAGGAAUGUUGAGCUCUGAGCUGCAGUAGCAUCAUGGAACCUGGAACUGACACACAGGGAGAUCCAGAUAAACCUCUACAUCAUGCAGAGAUCAGAGAGCACCCCGCCCCACCAGGUGGAGUGAUGCUCGGUGAUGAAGCCAGUGUACUGACUCCGGGUAGGAUGAAGAAGGAGGCGGGGCUUCACAAAGACCUUAACACCAGCAACACCCUGAGCCCUGGAUCCAAUCUAGGGCAUGGUUUUGAGCGUAAGGAGGACAUAAAAGAGGAUUCAUCUCUUUCCAUAUCUAAAAGCAAGUCUGAGUCUAAACUGUAUAAUGGAUCAGAUAAAGAUGUUUCAUCCUCGGCUAAUAAACUUACCAAGAAAGAAUCUCUCAAGGUCCAGAAGAAGAACUAUAGAGAAGAGAAGAAGCGAGCAACUAAAGAGCUGCUGAGCACAAUCACUGACCCCUCUGUCGUCGUCAUGGCCGACUGGCUCAAAAUCCGUGGCUCUUUGAAGAGCUGGACAAAGCUGUGGUGUGUGUUAAAGCCUGGUGUGUUACUGAUCUAUAAGAGUCAGAAGAGUGAUCAGUGGGUGGGGACGGUGCUACUGAGCGCGUGCGAACUCAUCGAGAGGCCUUCAAAGAAAAACGGCUUCUGCUUUAAAUUGUUCCACCCGCUGGAACAGUCUAUAUGGGCCAUCAAGGGCCCUAAAGGAGAGACAGUUGGUUCUAUCACUCAGCCUCUACCCAGCAGUCACCUCAUAUUUCGAGCUGCUUCAGAGUCAGAUGGUCGCUGCUGGAUGGAUGCUCUUGAAUUGGCUCUUAAGUGUUCUAGUCUGCUAAAAAGGACGAUGAUCCGCGAGGGAAAAGACGAAACAGCUGAACACACACACAUUAACUUCUACAGCUUGCUGAGAUCACACAACCUGAAUGAAAGUGACCAGUUUAAAGAUGAGCUGAACUCAGAUAAGUCUGAUAGAGAGAUUGAACAGGACGAGUGGGAGAAGAGUGAAGAGAGCGACAGUGACACCAGCGAACGACAGGAAGACUCGUAUGCAGACCUGGAGCAUGACACACUGAGGGAGACUCUUUACAUGGAACAGAGUCAUGAGGAGCUGGGCGAGGCGGGUGAGGCGGCUCAGACAGAAACAGUGUCUGAGGAGAAUAAGUCUCUGAUCUGGACGCUGCUGAAACAGGUUCGGCCCGGUAUGGAUCUGUCCAAAGUGGUCCUUCCCACCUUCAUCCUGGAGCCCAGAUCAUUCCUGGACAAACUGUCUGAUUACUACUACCAUGCAGACUUCCUGUCUGAAGCUGCAGUGGAGGAAAACGCCUACAACCGCAUGAAGAAGGUGGUGAAGUGGUACAUCUCCGGGUUCUACAAGAAACCAAAAGGUCUGAAGAAACCGUAUAACCCCAUCAUAGGAGAAACAUUCCGCUGUGUGUGGAUUCACCCCAAGACCAACAGCAAAACAUUCUACAUCUCAGAGCAGGUGUCCCAUCACCCCCCAGUCUCCGCCUUCUACGUCAGUAACAGGAAGGACGGCUUCUGUCUCAGCGGCAGCAUCCUGGCCAAGUCAAAGUUCUACGGAAAUUCUCUGUCAGCCAUUUUGGACGGAGAAGCAAGACUGACCUUCCUGAACCGGGGAGAGGAUUACAUCAUGAACAUGCCUUAUGCACACUGCAAAGGUAUCCUGUAUGGGACGAUGACGAUGGAGCUCGGAGGUCAGGUCACCAUCACCUGUGAGAAAACAGGCUACAGUGCACAACUGGAGUUCACGCUGAAGCCGUUUCUGGGCAGCAGUGAUAUUGUGAAUCAGAUCAGCGGGAAGAUUAAACUGGGGAAGGAGGUGCUGGCUACACUGGAGGGUCACUGGGACAGUGAGAUCUUAAUCAAUGAUAAGAAGUCAGGUGUGUGUGAGAUGUUCUGGAACCCAACUCCUGAACUUCGUCAGAGUCGCCUGACCCGCUGCACCGUCGCUCCUGAGGAGCAGGGAGACUUCGAGUCUGAGAAGCUGUGGCAGCAUGUGACUCGUGCGAUCCUGAAUAAAGACCAGACGGAGGCGACCAAUGAGAAGUUUAUUUUGGAGGAGGCUCAGAGGAAGUCUGCGCGCGAGAGAAAGCUAAAGAACGAGCAGUGGAAGGCGGCGCUGUUCGAACAGGAUGCUGGCAGCGGAGACUGGCAUUACAGAUACGCAGACACCCGUCCAUGGGAUCCUCUCAAUGAUCUGGUGCAGUUUGAGAAAGACAGCC